CUUGGUGGGUGGAUCAAAAUCAUUUCUGGAGGAUUCUUGGAACAGUAUGAAAUUUGAAGCCUUUUGACAAAGGUGUCAAUAUUUAAUCCCUGAGGAAGAGCAAGAAUUAUUCAUAGAUUUCCAAAAUAGACAUGAGUGGCUUCACCAUAUCUGGGUUGUCGCAGAAUAAACAUCAAACAUAUUCUUCAAAGGAACUGGCUGCCGCCGACGAACAUGUGAGCAAAAGUGAUGAGAACGUGAAAAGAGGUAACUGGCCCACGAAGACUGACUACUUGCUCUCAGUGAUCGGCUGUGCCGUGGGCCUGGGCAAUGUCUGGAGAUUCCCUUACUUGGCAUACAGAAAUGGAGGAGGUGCAUUCCUUAUUCCCUACACACUCAUGCUGGCACUUGUCGGGAUGCCAAUGUUUUUCUUGGAAUCUUCCUUUGGACAGUUUGCCAGCCUUGGGCCUGUUGCCAUCUGGAAAGCUGUGCCCAUGUUACAAGGUGUGGGGAUUGCAAUGGUCCUUGUGGCCACAAUUGGUGACAUUUCUUACUGCUGCAUCAUUGGCUACAGUCUGUACUACCUGUUUGCUUCCUUCCAAUCACCCCUACCAUGGGCAGACUGCUUCAGUUGGUGGGGAGCAGAUGAAACAUGCAGCAGGACUCCUAAAGGUCCAGUCUGCAAUCUCACUCUGGACGAUGGAUAUUUUGAAAUCGUUAAUACAACAUGGCUGCAGGCGAACAAUGAAACUUGUCCAAAUGGAUCUGCAAUCUCCGUUCCUCACCACGGGCCAAGUGAGCAAUACUGGGAUAAAGUGGUUUUACACCGUACAAGUUCAAUGGAUGAGGCUGGGGGGAUAGUCUGGUAUUUAGCUCUCUGUCUGCUUCUGGCCUGGCUGAUAGUUGGGGCCGCAUUAUCAAAAGGAAUCAAAUCUUCAGGAAAGGCUGUGUAUUUCACUGCGACAUUCCCUUAUGUGGUUCUGACCAUACUCCUGAUCAGAGGCGUUACCCUAGAGGGAGCUGGUAAGGGGAUUGAAUUCUACAUUGGAAGUCAGUCAGACUUCUCCAAACUGGCUGAUGCUGAGGUCUGGAAAGAUGCUGCAACACAGAUUUUCUUUUCCCUUACUAUAGGAUGGGGCAGUUUAAUAACCCUGUCAUCGUACAACAAAUUCCGCAACAACUGCUAUAGAGAUGCCAUCAUUGUCUGUGUCGUUAAUUCUCUUACAAGUGUGUUUGCUGGAUUUGUCAUUUUCUCAAUCCUUGGACACAUGGCCCAUAUCCAAGAUAAGCCUGUCUCAGAGAUUGCACAGUCAGGUUUUGGUUUAGCUUUUAUUGCCUACCCAGAGGCUCUUGCUCAAUUGCCAUGGGCACCUUUCUGGUCCAUUUUGUUUUUCUUCAUGUUGAUUACUGUGGGACUCAGCAGUCUGUUUGCUAGUACAGAAUCAGUUAUAACAGCCAUUGUGGAUGUGUUCCCGAGGGUUCUACGAUCAAGGCGCCUUUUUCUGACUAUUUUUGUUUGUUCGUUAUUUUUUUUCUGUGGCCUUCUAUGUGUUACACAGGCUGGGAUUUACUGGUUAAAUUUAAUAGAUCAUUUCUGUACUGGAUUGGCUACCAUUAUAACAGCUCUGCUGGAACUGAUUGGUCUGAGCUGGAUCUAUGGGAUAAACAGAUUCAUCAAGGACAUUGAGAUGAUGAUUGGGGAAAAGAACUGGCUCUUUUGGUUGUGGUGGAGAAUGUGCUGGAUUUUUAUGACUCCGUGUUUGCUGGCAGCAAUCUUGUUCUGGUCCUUAGCAAUGUUUGUUCUCCCAACAUACGGACCUGUUGAGUACCCUGUCUGGGCAAUUGCACUGGGCUGGUGUAUGAUCAUCUUCUGUAUUAUGUGGAUCCCCAUCGUGGCCGUUGUGAGAGUUGUCCAAGCUGAGGGUUCCACCUUGUGGCAGAAAAUUACUGGUGCUUGUAGCUCGGCUAAAGAUUGGGGUCCAUGCUUGGAACAACAUAAAGGGGAAAGAUAUGAAAACAAACAUGAUUCAGCAGAAGCCCUGAACAGUGUGAAACUCUUGCUCACUCCUGAGGAAGAAGAAAAUCUGUUUGAUUUGUAAACACUGAUUGACUUACUUAAUUCAUUAAUUUAUUACCAUUCUACUGCAACUAGUGGGGUUUCCUGGGUCAGGGUCCAUAAAGACCCUGAGGUAAUAUCUAUGCAAACCUCAGGGCUGUGUCCACACAGUCCCUGAGGCGAUGUCCACACAGUCCUUGACAUAUUGACUGUGCAGUAUCUGGGCAGUAUCUAUGCAUCCUUGGAGCUGUAUCUAUGCAGUUUUUGGGCCAAUAUCUACACAGUCCCUGGGCUAUGUCCAUGCAAUCCUUGAGUAGAAUCUACACAGUUCCAAGGACAGUAUGCAGUUCUUGGGGCAAUAAGUACACAGUCCCUGGUAUAUAUCCAUGGACACCCUGUGCAAAAUCAGAUAGUCCCUGGACAGUGUCUACACAGUCCCUGGGCAGUGUCAAUGAUCAGGAAAUUCUUGGCUGAGUAUAGAAACACUUGAGAUAAAGUUGUUGAUCUUUCAUUUUCUCUGCUGGCUUCCAUGAAAUCAACAAUUCAGUUUAUUUUGCUGAAGAAGCAAGUGCAGAAGAGUUACAAAAUGGUUAUAUUUGACCAGUUCCGUUUGUAUUGGGUAUGUCUACUUGAAAUACUCCAUCCACAUGUUGUUGUUCUUCAUAUAACUAAAAUUAUUUCCUUGCAGUAUUGGUGUGGUCUUCAAGGUUCUGUUCAAGAAAUGAAUGUAUAUGUUAAAUUGACGAUGAAUUGUUGCUUGUAUGUUUUUAAGACUCAAGCAUAAUUGUAAGAAAUUCUGUGUUUUGCUGCAUUAAAUACAUUACUACUGGAACAAUGGACAGUUUUCUUUAUGCAAAAGUGAUAAAUACAGUACUAUCAGAUUAUAUCAUAUUUUAUACUGAUUUUUGCAGAUGUGUCAUAUUGUUCAGAAAAGAGAUGUUUUUGCUCUAGUCAGAUGGUUUAUUAUGUUUUAAAUAGUGAACAUUCAAUAUUGAAUCUUUUGCAUUAAAUUGAACUUUUACUGUAUGAUGCUUCAUGAAUAACGUUCUAACAUAUGUGUCUAUUGCUUUGAUAACUGUUUAUUUUAGAGUUAGAUUCCCUUUGAUUGAAGCAGUAGCUGAUAUAUAUGAGACACCAAUAACGAUUCUGUCACAAAUGACUCCUUGUUUUAAGUCUCAUAGCUACUAUGUCCACCUAAUGCAUACAGCCAGCUCAUGAAACUAUCAGCAGGUUCUCUUGGAUUUGAUAUCUGCUUUUGAAGUUUAAUCUUGCCAGUGUCCAGUCUGUUCUUCAUGUGAAAUAUUGUUCAAAAGCUGUUUAUAAAUCAUCAAAAUAAUUUGU